AUGGGUCCUGCCCCAGGGGGCUCCAGUCCUGCCUUGCCCCUGACCCCAGCCCUGGAGCCCUCAGCCCACCACAGGGCCUCCACACCAACUGCUGCAGUGCUGCAGGCAGGCUGGCUCGGGUUGCCGGGCAACCGCAUCAACAAGCACCGAAGAUUCCCACAGAGAACCGGGAAGUUCGGGCGAGUGGGCGCGGGCCAGCGGAUGCCGCCGCCCGCAGGGAAGUGCUCGAGUGAGCAGGUGGGGAAGAGCGCGUCAGGAAGCGGGCCUCGUGAGGAGCGCGCCAAGCGGGUGCCCGCGACCAAGCCAGGCUGGACCCUGACGCUGGAGGGGCUGGCCGCCAUGAGCCCCACGCAGCGACACCGCCACCUGCUUUUCGGUGACCUGCUCAAGGACGUGGGUGCAGCCGCCUCCAUCUUUCCGCGCGAGUCGGUAGAGCUGGAGUACCUCGUGCCCGACCCCCGCACCUGGACGCAGUGCGAGCUACCCACCGAGCGCUGGAACCGGCUGCUGGGCGUCCUCAAGGCCGCGGAGGCUCGCGGGCGAGUCCGCGCCCUGCGACUGCGCUACACCCGAAUGCGGGCAGAGGAAAUUGCGCUCCUGAUCCAGCGGCAGGGCUCAGCGCGCGCCGCCAUCAGACUGGAGACCUUCCUGCCGCCACAGCUGAAACCCACACGGAUUCCGGAUCCCCUGGAUCGACAAGAGCGGAGGCGUGUGGAGACCAUUCUGGAGGAGGCGGUGGAUGGCAGCAUCUUCCCACGGUGACAGUGACCCAAGUGUGUCCCCACACCCUCUCCUUACAUAAAGUUCUUCUCUGA